ACUAAAGCACUGCCCCUUUUGCCUCUGAAUGUUGUGAGGCUAAGUCAGGUUAAUUCUUGUACCAGCUGAACUGUAAGAGCUGAUCGAAGACGUGAGAUAAUUAGAGAUGUUCUGAGUUUUCAGAAAUCUCAGAGUCAGUGGAAACCUCAAGGAAGAUGUUUAAUUGGGUCGAAGAGUGGAACAUCUCUUUUGCAGGUUGUGGAUUCAGGAGUAUUUAUUACGUGGGAGCUCUGAGCUGUAUUCUCGAGUGCGUCCCACAGCUGGUUCAUGGUGCCUCUAAAGUCUGUGGAGCGUCAUCUGGGUGCCUAGUGGCUGCAGCUCUGACUGUUGGGAUUCCCAUUGAGCAGCUUUGCGCCGACCUUAUGACCACAGCGAAGGAGGCCAGAAAACACACCCUGGGAGUUUUCCACCCGACCUUUAGUCUGCUGCGGACAGUACGGGUCUCCCUCUUGGAGAAGCUUCCAGAAGACGCCCACCUUCGGGCCUCUGGAAAGCUGUGCGUGUCCCUCACCCGACUGUCUGAUGGGAAAAACGUUCUGGUGUCAGAGUUUGCCAGCAGAGAGGAGCUCAUUCAGGUUCUUAUGUGCAGUUGCUUUUUUCCUGUUUACUGUGGUUUCAUCCCACCUUCAUACAGAGGAGUGCGCUACAUGGAUGGAGCCCUGAGCAACAACAUGCCCCUGUUCGAGCAGCGAAACACCGUCACUAUGGCUCCAUUCUCAGGCGAGAGCGACAUCUGCCCCAGAGAGGGUACGUUCAACUUGUUCGAGGUGCACUACGGCAACGUUAGCAUUCAGGUUAACACUGGCAAUGUGCAUCGUGUCUGCACAUCCUUCCUUCCUCCCAUGCUUGAGACGUUGGCUGAAAUCUGCCACAAUGGCUACAUGGAUGCUCUUUGUUUCCUGAGAGAAAGUGAUCUUCUUCAAGCACAGUAUAGUCCCUGCAGUGUGGGGCUGAAAGUGAGCCGAGCCAAAUCACCUUGUUGUGAGCUAACGAACGAAGUGGUUCAAACAGAAGAGAGGAGGAAGAAGAUGAUGCUGCUGAAUGGACAAAACCAUCGUCAGGAAGAUCACAGGUGGCUACAUCACAGAGCCCUAGAAGACCUCCCUGUGGCUAUUAAGAAAGCUUUGUCUUAUUGUACUGUCCAGGCCAUCUCCAGAGCAGCACCGCAGCAGCAGCUCCUCUGACUCAGACCUCAGCCACCAGACAGGACGAGACAGAAACAUACAGACUUCAAAUUCAACAAUUGUUCCCACUUCUAACAAAAAUCUCC